AUGGAUUCCCCACCGAGAGAGCUGGUCACGGACAAUAACAAGUCUCCUCUUAUCCAGAUCCUGGCAUGGAUGUUCCUCGUCAUCGCGGUGCUCGCCUGCGUCGCGCGGACCGGCACGAAGCUGUACAUGGUCAAGAGGCUCAAGGCCGAGGACUGGUUUGCCAUUGUCGCCACGAUCGCGGCGUGUGGGCAGUACAUUGCGCAGGUGGCCGGCGGCUACCAAGGGCUGGGCAAGCAUGUGGCGGACCUGACGCCAGACAGAGUCAACGGCGCACUCAAGGGCCAAUAUGCAUCUGAUGUCUUCUUCAUCGCGAGCCUCUUCUGCGCCAAGAUUGCGACGGCCAUGAUGACAACGUCGAUUUCGCAACGGAGCCACAGACGAAUAAUACAGGCGAUUGAGCUGUUGAUUGCGCUGUGGGCGGUGACUGGGAUUCUUGUCGUUCUUUUCCAGUGCCAACUGCCGAGUCCGUGGUUUUACAUUGAGCGGAAAUGCAUUCAGCGAGUCGCGUUUUGGACUUGCUUCAGCGUCGUCAACAUCAUCACCGACCUGCUGCUGAUAGGGAUCAUGGUGGAAAACGUGCGGCGAAUCCAGACUUCAUGGUCCAAGAAAGUCCUUGUCAUCUGCGUCUUUGGCAGCCGAAUCUUAGUCACCCCCGCCAUCAUCGCCCAGAUCGUCUACUUACCCCGCGGCCUCGCAGCGGCCGACGCGACCUUUGUCUCGUGGGAGCUGGCCGUCAUCACCGCAGUGGUGACGUGCACCAGCAUCCUGGCCAUCUGCGUGCCGAACCUCAAGCCGUUCCUGGACAGCCUGGAGUCGGGCCAGAUCCGGGUGGACGACCUGCGGCGGCAGGGCAAGUCGAGCAGCGGCGGAUACGGGAGCUACAACCGGAACGCGUCCGGCGGCAGCGGCAGCGGCAGCGGUGGGCGGAGGAGCGGCAACAACCGGUCGCACGGGGGCAACAACUCGCGGCGCGACCCGCUGGCGUCCAAGGCGUCGCAGCGCAGCAAGAUGUUUGAGAUGGUGGACAUGCACAGGGCCAAGAAGGAGGAGCAGCAGCAGGAGCAGACGACGACCACGGAGAACGGCCAGCAGCAGCAGACGAACCAGAACCGCGACGGCGACGGCGCAUGGGACGGGCAAAGCCACACGAGCCAGACGAUCCUGAUCCAGCAGACCAAGACGUGGUACGUCGACGUGGAGGAGCGGCGCGAGUCCAACUAG